UGCAUGCAUGCAAGAGUGUGUUUGAGUGUGUAUUUGUGUGCAUGUGUGUAUAUAUAUAUAUAUAUAUAUAUAUAUAUAUAUAUAUAUAUAUAUGUGUGUGUGUGUGUGUGUGUGUGUGUGUGUGUGUGUGUGCACCUGUGUGUUAAACCAGCAUUGUUCAUGAUAGAGGGAAAGCUGUGCAGCACUGUAUGGAAAAUCCAAGGUCAUUGAAGCCUGGUCACAUGCGCCAUAUGGGAGCGUGCAUGUGUGAUUUAGUGUCUGAGUGAGUGAGUCUGUGUGUCUCUCUUCCUCUCUCUCUCUGUCUCUCUGGCUAUGUGACAGAGAAAGAGGCUUCAGGCAAAGAAUUGUGAAUUUCAUCAGGUUUUCCAUCAAUGUACGACUCUUGAUCAAUAGUGCUUUACAACCUGAAGAUGAGAAAAGAAUUAGAGUCAGGUGUGUGUGGAUGUUGUGGGGCCUUGAGACCUCGUUAUAAGAGGCUGGUGGAUAACAUCUUUCCUGAAGACCCUGAGGAUGGUUUGGUUAAAGCUAACAUGGAGAAGCUUACCUUUUAUGCCUUGUCUGCCCCAGAGAAAUUAGACCGUAUCGGUGCCUACCUGUCGGAAAGACUUUCCAGAGACGUGGCCCGCCACAGAUAUGGGUAUGUUUGUAUUGCUAUGGAGGCUUUGGACCAGCUGCUGAUGGCCUGUCACUGUCAGAGUAUAAACCUUUUUGUUGAGAGUUUUCUCACUAUGGUGCGCAAGCUUUUGGAGGCAGACAAACCCAACUUGCAGAUCCUGGGCACUAACUCAUUUGUGAAGUUUGCAAACAUCGAGGAAGACACACCAUCAUACCACCGCAGCUACGAUUUCUUUGUCUCACGCUUCAGUGAGAUGUGCCAUUCCAGUUAUGAAGAUCCAGACAUUCGCACAAAGAUUCGUAUGGCAGGUAUCAGAGGUCUGCAGGGUGUGGUGAGGAAGACUGUCAAUGAUGAACUGCAGGCAAAUAUUUGGGACCCUCAACACAUGGACAAAAUAGUGCCAUCCCUUCUGUACAACCUCCAGCAGGAAGAAGGCAUAGAGAGAUCUCCCUCCCCAGAGACAGAGAAGGAGAAGGAAAGUCCAGUGGAGCUGACCGAGAGGUGUUUCAGAGAGCUGCUAGGAAGAGCAGCUUAUGGUAACAUAAAGAAUGCCGUCAAACCCGUGCUCAUGCACCUUGAUAACCAUUCACUCUGGGAGGGCAAAACAUUUGCUGUGCGCUGUUUUAAAAUCGUUAUGUACUCCAUCCAGUCUCAACAUUCACAUUUGGUGAUUCAGCAGCUGUUGGGUCACUUGGAUGCUAACAGUAAGAACUCAGCCAGAGUGCGUGCUGGGAUUGUGGAGGUGAUCUCAGAGGCAGCGGUUAUAGAGGCCAGUGGCUCAAUAGGGCCGACAGUACUGGAGGUGUUUAAUACUCUCCUGAAGCAGCUGAGACUCAGUGUGGACUACGAGCUCACCGGAUCAUACGACACUUUUGGAAACAUGGGAACCAAAGUCAUUAAAGUGCACGAGGAGAGACAACUCCAAGAAUCUGUCAUCAAAACUAUUGGCUCAUUUGCGAACACGCUGCCCACCUACCAGCGCUCAGAAGUCAUGCUGUUCAUCAUUGGUAAAAUUCCUGUGCCAGGGAUGUAUCCGGCUCUGGGGUCAGCCAACACAGGGGUUGAGGGCAGUAGGAUGAUACAGAUUAUGCUGCUAAAAUCUCUGCUGCAGGUAACAGCAGGAUUCCAGUCUACAAACAUUCUGACAACUCUGCCCACCUCAUUCCUGGACCCUCUCUUGUCCUUUACUCUGAUGGAGGAGGCAGAGAUCCGGCUACUCGUUCUGGACAUCCUCAUCAGCAUCAUUGAUCGCCAUGACAACCGUCACAAAUUCUUCCCUGUCAGAAUUGUGUCAGAUAUCGCUGUACUGAAGCUGAAAGUAGACAAGUGCUCAAGGCAGGAUAAUCUCUUCAUGAAGAAACACAGCCAGAGGCUCUACCGCCAUAUUUACCUGGCCUGCAAAGAGGAGAACAGUGUCCAGUGGCAUGUUGAGUCUCUUUAUACGCUGCUGGGGUUGAUCAGUGUUGAGCUGGCCAAUGAAGAAGUGGUGGUGGACCUGAUUCGACUGGCCUUGGCCUUACAGGACCUGGCCUUGACUGAAGAGGCACUUCCUGUGUAUAACCGCUGUGCCAUCCAUGCUCUAUCAGCUGCAUACCUGAACCUCAUUAGCCAGCUGACCACUGUGCCCACCUUCUGCCAACACGUCCAUGAGGUAAUUGAAUCAAGAAAGAAACUGGUCCCUCACCUGCUGCCUGAGGAUGUGCUUGUUGAGACGUCAAAGAUCCCAGAGAAACUGGAGAAGGUGGAAGGUGAGGUACUGUUCAUGCAGGCUAAGAUAGUGGAGAUGCUGGGUGGCAGUGGAUACAAUACAGAGAGACUGGCCACUCCAUACAUCCCACAGAUCUCAGAUGAAGACAGACUGUCCAAGAGGAAGAGUAUUGGUGACACAAUUUCCCUGCAGUUAGAAAUGGAGUCCAAAGACAGUCCAGAAAAAGAGCAGAGAUCCAAAGCUGAGCAGAUAACAUUUGAAACCCUAAAACAAGCCAUUGUAGACAGUGUGAGUGUGGAGGAGCUGGAGAGAGAACGCAGGAGGCAGGUGGUGGAAAGGUUUCAGACGGCUCCAUUUGAGGAAAUUGCAGCACACUGCGGGGCCAGGGCUUCCCUGUUGCAGAGUAAACUCAACCAAAUCUUCGAAAUCACAAUCAGACCUCCUCCGAGUCCAUCUGGCUCUGUCGGGAAUGGCCGAAAUCGUUCCAUACCAGUCUAUGAAAUGACGUUUCCAGACCUUUGUGUGUACUGAGAGAACCUGGAGCCACAGUCACCAGAUAUAGACCUAUUUCCAUCCCUCCAAUAUUGUCACUCCUUCUCAAUGUCCAAUUGAAACUAUGCGUCCUCUAAACUGUGUCCUUUAGUUUAAUAUCUUUAGAUAAAGAUCAAAACUCGACUUGAUCCUGAGGUCUUUGCCAAAAAAGAUAACCAAACCAAGAGAAUAUACAUUGAUUAAAUAUGCACUGUAUCACAAAAAAAUGACAAAACAAUGUUCCCGCAACUUAAUCUAAAUGCAAAUAGAUUGAAUGUAUUUGCAAAAAAUUGUGCCAUUGUCUGAUACUAGUAUACAUUGCAGAACAAGGUUUUCAUGUUUAAUCAGAUGUCCAGUGAAUAGGCCAGGUUACUAUGUAUGUCUAUUGUUCAGAGCAAGUGGAUGACAUUCUUGUACAAAUAAAAAGUACAGCUGCCUUAAAUUUUGUAUCUUCAGUUAAGACUUAAAGAAUUGUUCUCUGCAUGUUUUCUGUAACUAUGUUUUUCAAUCUAUUGAUUAUUUAAGUGACUGUGCACUUAAAGGUAGAUAAAUAUAAGGCUGUUUGCCUGGUAUAUACUGUAUUUCCUUGUGCAUGUUUAAACCUUCUCUACAUUCUGCAAUAAUAUUUGUAUUUAAAGCAAUAAUCUUUGAAUUUAAUAAUGCAGAUUCUUCUGCGAUAAAAGCUGAAGAAAAAAUGCAACACAUUCUAUUUUGCGAACACUGGAUAAUGCAGUAUCGCAAUCAGAACUGAUUUCUUAUUGACACGCUGUGUGCAAAAAAGUAAAUUCAGUAGAACCUCUGGUGUAUUUGCAUUGUAAUGUCAUGUUAAUUAUGUUCUAAUUGAGUUCUGUACAUCUGUACCUCACUACCACAGGAAAAAUAUGUCAGUGAAGGGUAAGAGUUUUCAUUUGCUUAAGAGUCUAACAGUUGUUGUGUAAAUUUCUCAAAUGACCGUUUUCCUUUUUUGAACCAGAGUGAAGUGGUAACACUUCUCAUAGUCCCCUACAUUGGGGUCUAAAAGGGCCAAUUAGCUCUCUAUUUGUUUUUGUUUUUUUAAAUUAGCCAUGCAAUCAAUUUUCUCUCUUCAUAAAUCCUGUAAUUUCAGGGUUAUGUCAAGAUCUGGUUCUCUCUUGUAUUUUACUGCAGCACUUUAAAGCUCAUUAUGUAAAUGUGGUGUAUGCUGAAAAAUAUAUGUUCUGUGAUUUUCCACCUUGACAUGCGAAUGUGCUCUUGAGUGUCAUUUUAAAGUGAAUUAUCUUUAAUUGUCUCGUAUUUCCUAUUCCACAUGAAAGUUUGCCUGUUUUCCUGGUAUAAUUCCAUGUAGCCUUUUUAACUUAUUAUUUUUCUUUUUAAAGUUAUUUAAUCAAGUCAUUGUGUUUUUUGUGGUGACUUGAGUUU